CCGUGACGUUCUGUAAAUGACAAACUCUGCUAUAACUUUCUUUAGAAACCUGUCCUUUGGCAACAAGUUACCAACAUUAAAGGAUUUGCAGCUAUUGCAUGAACCAGUUAUCCAAUCUGAAAUCAUCAUACAGAAUUUAUUUGUGAACAUACGGGAUCAUGCUUCAAUGGACAGAAGAAGAAGGCACUUCCAGCUUUGAUGAAGAUGAGGAGAACUAUGAUGUGAUUGAGGGAGAACUGGAUUCUCGAUCAUUUAUUCACCAGAUGAACAAUAACUCUGAAUAUGCAGAUAGAAGAUGCCACGGCAUAGAUACAUCAGUCCAGUUUGCUAAUGAGCCAAAGCCCUCGACCGCUUAUAGUCACCAGACGAAUAGGGGUGGGAAGGCUUAUAGAUAUGUGUACAAAAAUGACAGCCAGCAAUCAGUUAAAGUUUCAGAUAGAAGAUGCCAUAACAGAGAUGCCACCCAAGAGCUUCACCAGGAACUCCACGGUCAUCAGAUGAAGGGUCAUAAAUAUGAAUGCAGUGGAGGUGUUCCCCAGUCUACUAAAGGCCCAACUAUAAAUCGAAACUUGAAACCAGAAAAACUGUCCUUUCAGGUCAAGGCUGCAAACCUUGCAAAGGUACAACUCUGGAAACUGAAUCCAGCCAAUGACAUCUCAAAACCAGUUUGCUCAACAAAAAGGCCAAUGAAAAGAAACGGAACGUCACAAAUAAGGGAAUCAAGAGAAAUAGAUAUCGGUUCGCAGCUCCAGUUGAAUGAAUGUUUUUCCAGAACUUCUGAACAGGAUACAGAAGGGGUACAGAAUUUUGGUGAUAGGUUCCACAAGCCAUACUUUGAACAAUGUGAAAUGAGAAAUGAAGAUCAUCAAUGGAUACCUCCCAUACAAAAUGAAGAAGCAAUGUGGGGUGAAACGGACCAUGCUGAAUGCAACUGGUAUGUCAGAGAAUAUGACAGGAAAAAAACAGAACAGAUAUUGUGCCAGGAAAUGAAGAAUGGCGCAUUCUUGGUGAGGGACAGCAGAGAAAUGACCAUCGAUCAACCAUAUGUUCUAUCUGUCUAUUUUCAAAGCAAAGUCUAUAACAUCAAGAUACGUUACUUAGAAGAAAGCGGACAGUACGCUCUUGGUACAGGUCUUAGAGGGAAUGAAAAAUUUGAUUCUGUCCAGGAUAUAAUUGACUUCCAUAGGAGAUUUCCAGUGAAGAUAAUUGAUGGAAAGAGAUCAUCUUAUAUCCAUGGGAAAGAAUGCUAUCUAACCCAACCGCCUAAUCUGAAUGGACACUGAAUGGAUAAUAACAAGCACAUACUCCCAGUGCUAAAAUUGUCAGAACUGUAUUUCAACAAGAACAAGAUGGUGGCAGAUGGAGUUUCUAGGCCUACAGAUUAUGUUAGAUUAACCAUGAAACAUAAUUAGGCUGCUCUAAGCAAACAUUGUUAUAAAAAUAUAGCAGUUAUGUCUGGAAGCUACCCAAUAUUUAGGGUCAAAUUUUGAAUUGAAAAAACUUUGAAAUUCAAAUUCAAAAAGACCAACCAAAAUUAAGUUGAAGGUUU